GCGGGGGCGAUGACGGGGCGCCCGGCGCUGCUUCUGAUGCUGCUGCUGCUGGCGGAGACCCCGCGCAGCGCCCGCUGCUGCCCCGGGACCCUCGACCCGGCCCCGGCCGCCGCCGCCGCCCCCCCGGGGCCACCCCCCGCCGCCGCCGCCCUGGGUGCGCUGCUCCGGUCCCUGCAACGCCCCGGCCGCGCCCCCGGGACCCUCCUCCAGCCCCAGAGGUCGGGGUGGGGGCCGCAGGGGGGGGCCCAGGCCCGGCUCAGCCCCCGGAGCUGGGACCCCCCGCUCGCCCCGUUCUGGACGAUGGCGACCCCGCAGCGCUUCGGCCGCCGCCGCUGAGCAUCCGGCCCCGAGUCCGUCCAUCUGUCCGUCCCUCCUGGAGCCGAGCCCCUCCCAAGCCCAUCCGUGGGUUCGUCCGUCACCCAAUAAAGUGGUGCCCCCACCC